GGAAAUUUGACCUUGGAAAUUUUCAGGACAGUCCUCCACUCCUUCUACCUUAGCGAACCUGCGGUUGGUUCAGUGUGUGAGUGCCUGAGUUGUCUGCAAAUGGCGGGAAGACACAAUUCCAUUAUCCCGGGAAGCUCAAAAUCCAGAUCUCCGUUGUUGAUAUUCCUUCUCGCCCUUCUGCCGCUAUCCUUCAUCUUCUACAUAUUUUCAUCCUCUUCUGAUUCCGUGACCAGCUCCAUCGCAAUCCGCCCCGUCCCAAACCCUAACUCAGAAGUUGAUUACUCAUUCGUGUCCUCGCUCGAGAAGUUCCUCGCAAAAUCUCCUCGAUCAUUGAGUGUCAGCGAUGACUCAGUGCUCGAUACAAUUACCGCAGGGGAUGUGCAAAAGUUAGAUGAUUUGAAAUGGAAGAAGGAGAUUCAGAGUUUAUACGAAGAACCGUUCUAUCCUGCCUUUUCGCCUAUUAAGGUUUAUGUCUACGAUAUGCCUAAGAAGUUCACUUACGAUUUGCUCUGGUUGUUCCGCAAUACGUACAAAGAGACAGGUAAUCUUACUUCGAAUGGCAGUCCUGUGCACAGGCUGAUUGAGCAACAUUCAAUUAAUUACUGGUUAUGGGCGGAUUUGAUAGCGCCAGAAUCAGAAAGGCUGUUGAAGAAUGUGGUUAGAGUGCAUAAGCAGGAAGAAUCAGACCUAUUCUACAUACCGUUUUUCACUACCAUCAGCUUUUUCUUGCUUGAAAAACAGCAAUGCAAGGCUCUUUAUAGGGAAGCCUUGAAAUGGGUUAUGGAUCAACCUGCAUGGAAGCGGUCCGAGGGAAGAGAUCAUAUCCUUCCUGUCCAUCACCCUUGGUCUUUCAAGUCUGUUCGCAAAUUUAUGAAGAAUGCAAUUUGGUUGCUUCCUGAUAUGGAUUCAACAGGGAACUGGUACAAACCAGGACAGGUUUAUCUCGAGAAGGACCUGAUACUUCCUUAUGUUCCCAAUCUUGACCUUUGUGAUGCCAAAUGCUUAUCAGAGAAUGAAAAUAAGAGAAGCACACUGCUGUUUUUUCGUGGGAGGCUUAAAAGAAAUGCUGGAGGAAAAAUACGUGCCAAGCUUGUAUCAGAACUUAGUGGUGCUCAGGGAGUGCUUAUAGAGGAAGGGACUACUGGAGAUGCUGGAAAGGCAGCAGCUCAGACCGGCAUGCGCAAGAGUUUGUUUUGCCUUAGUCCUGCCGGUGACACUCCAUCAUCAGCGAGAUUAUUUGAUGCAAUUGUUAGUGGCUGCAUUCCGGUCAUAAUAAGUGAUGAACUAGAGCUUCCUUUUGAGGGAAUUCUUGAUUAUCGUAAGAUUGCUUUACUUGUACCUUCCAGUGAUGCAGUGCAGCCGGGGUGGCUCCUUUCAUUUCUGAGAAAUGUUAGUACUUCUCAAAUCAGAGAUAUGCAAAUGAACUUAGCUAAGUAUUCAAGGCAUUUUUUGUAUUCUCAUCCUGCUCAACCUUUGGGCCCAGAAGAUUUGGUCUGGAGAAUGAUGGCAGGAAAAUUGGUUAACAUUAAACUUCACACCAGGAGGAGGCAGCGUGUUGUGAAAGAAUCAAGAAGUCUCUGCACCUGUGAUUGCAGACGUCCCAAUACUACGACGCCAGGUCUCUUGCCUUAACUCUGUAAUUUCAGUUGUGUAUUUGUUUAGAAUUUUGUACAUCAAAUUCUUGUCAUUCGUUUGCAUUCUUUCCCUUUCCUGUAUUGGCAGAAAAAAUUCACUCUUGAAAGUAUGGAUUCAACUUAUGAAAUCUCACUAACACCCCAUUUCCACUUGGUCGCCCUUGUACUGAAGACUUUAUUGUUCGUCAAUCGUGAUUGUUGUCAAUUGCUGAAUGUCAUUGCGUGUUAAAACAAUUCAUUAUACAAUAGCAUUUUUAGUUGUUUUGUUUGUUCAAAUAAAUGUAUCUUAUUUAUUCUGUUCGGGUCUUCGGGAUAUUGUAUAGCAAAAUUCCAUGAAAAUCUUGAAACGACUCUCUUUUAAGGAGGAAAAAGUUUUUGGUGUUAAAUUUAAC